AAACAAAGUUAUCUUAAGUUCUUAACAAAUAAAAUGCAGUGCCCUGUGCCCAAAUAUUUAUAAUUUUAUACCUGAUUCCUGAGGUGAGGUGAGCAGUUGAGACUUGAGAGAGGCGGAGAGCAGAGAAUCAGAGAGAGGCUGAGGCGGUUCAGCUGGAGACUGAACAGUGGAGACUGGAGACUAGAGAGAGGCGGAGAGCAGAGAGUAGAGAGAAAGAUCUCUUUUCUCUAGUGUGAGAUAUCAUUUACUGGAGAUGGCAACAACAGCCGCUUCCAGCCUGCAAAUUGCAACAGCAAGACCCUGCAUUUCUUCUUCUCGCAGACUUUUCAAGGCAGGUGCUGCAAUUCUUGGUGGCAAUUCCAAGGCGGUAUCAUGGAAUAAGCUUACAAGUGCAUGCCAUAUAUCAUCUGUACAACCUUUCCAGCGGAGUUUUACAUCAUCGUCUAUUAAAUUUGAUAAGGUUGUUACAAAAGCAAUGUCUGAAGCUACUGAAAACAAGCCUAUCUCAGGGUUGCCAAUUGAUUUGAGAGGUAAGAGGGCAUUUAUUGCUGGUGUUGCUGAUGACAACGGAUAUGGUUGGGCAAUAGCUAAAUCCCUUGCUGCUGCAGGGGCUGAGAUUCUCUUAGGCACAUGGGUGCCUGCUUUGAACAUUUUUGAAUCCAGCCUGCGACGUGGAAAAUUUGACGAAUCACGUGUGUUGCCAGAUGGCUCUUUAAUGGAGAUUACUAAAGUAUAUCCUUUGGAUGCAGUCUUUGACAACCUUGAGGAUGUACCUGAAGAUAUAAAAGCAAAUAAACGCUAUGCAGGAUCCAGUAAUUGGACUGUUCAGGAAGUUGCUGAAUCUGUGAAGAAUGAUUUUGGCAGCAUCGACAUUCUUGUUCACUCACUUGCAAAUGGGCCAGAGGUCACUAAACCUCUGUUGGAGACAUCCAGGAAUGGAUAUCUUGCAGCUAUAUCUGCAUCAAGUUACUCCUAUGUUUCUUUACUCAAACAUUUCAUUCCAAUAAUGAAUCCAGGUGGUUCUUCAAUUUCUCUUACAUAUAUUGCUUCUGAAAGGAUAAUUCCUGGGUAUGGUGGAGGUAUGAGUUCAGCAAAGGCUGCUCUGGAGAGUGACACACGAGUGCUUGCUUUUGAAGCGGGUAGAAAACACAAAGUCAGAGUCAACACAAUAUCUGCUGGUCCACUAAGGAGCCGUGCUGCAAAAGCAAUUGGAUUUAUUGACAUGAUGAUUGACUAUUCAAUAGUCAAUGCACCUUUGCAAAAAGAACUAUCCGCAGAUGAAGUGGGGAACACAGCUGCCUUUCUAGCAUCACCUUUGGCUUCUGCCAUCACCGGUGCUGUUAUAUAUGUUGACAAUGGCCUGAACGCAAUGGGUGUCGGAGUUGACAGUCCAAUAUUCAAGGAUCUUGACAUUCCAACAGAUAAGCACUAGGACAACCACAAAUUGGUUUAUAGUAAGCCAGACUCCGAACUUCAAGUUUAGCUUUAAUGCUGCUAGUUUUCUGCUCCUUUUUUUCCCAAUCGGCUUCAACCUAGGAUGGUUUGGCUAGUGGCCCCAUUUUGUUGUGAGAAUUUUUCUUUGCCUUUCUUAGGGACAUUUUCUUGGGGGCAGGUGUUGCAAAGGCCCCAUGUGGAAGUCCUGGACCUUUGAAACACUAAUAAGAUUCAUGUUUCUUAGACUCUUCAA